AAAAAGGAGCAAAGUAGUGAAUGCAUUUUAUCAUUAGAUUUGGAAAUGGAGCUCCUGAACCUAACCAAACUUUCCAUCAAUCUUUUGUUUUCAUCUCUGAUUCUCCUUUUCUCCUUGUUAAUUUGGCUUAAACUAGCAAAAAGGAAAACCCUGAAUUUGCCUCCAUCACCUCCAAUGCUACCACUUAUUGGCAACAUCCAUCAGCUUGGCAAACUUCCCCACCGUUCUCUCCGGGACCUCUCUAGGAAAUAUGGUUCUCUCCUACUUCUACAAUUGGGGUAUAACCCAACUGUAGUGGUUUCAUCAGCCGACAUUGUUAGAGAAAUUGUGCAGAACCAUGACAGUGUUUUCUCCAACAGACCAAGGACCACAGCUAUAGAUAUCUUGUUCUACGGAGCCGGCGAUAUGGCUUUUGCACCCAACAAUAAGUUCUGGAAACAAGUUAGGAAGAUCAGUGUUGUUGAGCUUUUUAGCCACCAAAGCUUGCACUCAUUUCAGUUUGUCAGAGAUGAACAAGUUGAACUUCUUAUCAACAAAAUCCGCAGUGCUUGUCUGAAAGGAGAGUCUAUAAAUAUGACAGACAUGCUUAUGUUCGUUUCGAGUAACAUAGUUUCUCGAUGUAUUCUUAGUCACACAACUGAAGAAGAAGAUGGGUGCACCAAGUUUGGGGAGUUAGCUAAAAUGUUGUCGAUUCUCUUCACUAGUUCCUGUAUUGGCGAUAUGUUUCCUUACUUGAGGUGGGUUGAUGUGCUUACUGGAUGUAUUCCAAGUAUGAAAGCAGUCUCUGCGGAAUUGGAUGCAUUCCUUGAUCAAGUAAUUCAGGAGCAUAAAGUUUUUGAAACUGAUCACCAAGUUUCCAAUAAAAAGGACUUUGUAUCUAUCCUUAUGCAACUCCAAAAGGAUGGCAUGUAUGAGAUGGACCUCACUCAAGACAACAUCAAAGCUAUCUUACUGGACAUGUUUGUAGCAGGAAGUGAUAAUUCUACAGCCACAAAAGAGUGGAUGAUGGUUGAGCUUUUAAAGCAUCCAAAUGCAAUGAAAAAGGUCCAAGAAGAGGUGAGAAAUGUGGUGGGAAACAAGUUAAGGGUGGAUGCGGAAGAUGUAAGUAAAAUGAAAUACUUAAAGUGUGUACUCAAAGAAACUUUAAGACUACAUCCGGCUGGUUCUCUUCUGCUCCCUCGACAAACAUCUUCAAGUGUUAAAUUGGGAGGUUAUGACAUUCCUUCCGAUACCACAGUCCUGAUCAAUGCAUGGGCCAUUCAGAGAGAUCCAAAAUGGUGGGAAAAUCCAGAAGAUUUCAUCCCAGAGAGGUUCGAGAACAGCUCCAUUGAUUUCAAAGGUCAAGAUUUCCAGCUCAUCCCAUUUGGUUUCGGAAGAAGGAGAUGUCCUGGGAUACCAUUUGCAGUUGCUGCUAUUGAGUAUGUGAUGGCCAACCUUCUCUAUUGGUUUGAUUGGAAGUUACCUGCUGGUGAAAUUGCUGAGAACUUGGACAUGACUGAACUCUUCGGCCUCACAGUCACCAAGAAAACCCCUCUUCAUCUUCUACCUCUAUCUCAUUUCUCUUUUUAGAUAUAUAUAUAUAUGUGUGUGUGCGCGCGCGCGCGCGAGCGCUACGAUUUUAGGCUUUUAUCACUUUCUUUUCUUUGGAGAAGAUAAUAUUGCUAUCGUUGGCUCUUGUUGUUGGACUGAUAUUGCUCAAGAAAUUCAUAUCGUGCUAGUAAUCAGUUUCAAUAGUACAAGUAAAAUUAUACAAAUUCGUACGAUGUGAAAUGAAAGAUAAAACUUUUGUUUUGACCUUAAA